GACCAGAAAGGCACCAAGUCUCACCAUCUAGGGGGAAAAGAAGCAGAGGUAUAGAUCGCUUGCCACAGCCGAAAGGCUUUAAAUAGUCAUCCACCUCUGCCAUGGCCAGCAAUGUCUCUUUUGCAUUAACUGUGGCAACCCCAGAGCCAUUCCUUAGAAGGAACCAUAUCUUGAAGCCAACAGCUACUGACACCACCAGCUUCUUUCAUCAGUAUCACUGCAUUCUGUUUAUUAAAGUAUCAUUUUUUUAAAAGGACAUGUGCACGACAACCUGUGCUCGGCUCCUGGGGCCAUGCCUCCUUACCUUGGGCCUGCUUUCCAUCUUUGCCAACCUCCUCCUCCUCUUUCCCAGCUGGGAAAGCCAUUACUUAAUCUUGCGCCAGAUUACGGAGAAGGCAAUGCUCCUGCCAGGACUGUGGGGUGGAGGCCUUUUAGUUUUCCCUGCAGCAAUUCAGAUCACAAGCAUUGGAUGGGGGUGGAGUUGCAGUAGAAGCUCUGGAAAUUGUCAGAAGAUGUUUCUCACCAUUGUGUUAUCAGCACUGGCUCUGCUGGGGUCAGCUGCUUGUUUUAUUAUGUCUGGUGUGGGCUUGGCAGAGGGCCCCUACUGUCUCUAUGUUGCCAUCCACAAUCAGGUGAAGACGGAGCAGUGGGGUUACCCAUUCCGUGAGAUGGACAAUCAGGCCUUGGAUGAUGGCAGGAUAAAGAACUACUUGUAUGACCCCACACUUUGGAAGUCUGUUUGCAUCGAACCUCAGAACAUUGUGGCCUGGAAUGUCUAUUUCUUUUCUGCCCUUCUAAUCAUCAGUAUGGUGGAGAUGGUCCUGUCUGUUCUCCAGAUCAUCAAUGGGUUCUUUGGAUGUAUCUGUGGUUUUUGUGAAAAGAAAUAGGUAACAUGGACUCAAAAAUGUUUUACAUCAUAUUUUCAGUCAUUGCUGCCUCUUCAUCUUACAGAGGAAUGGGUCCCAUUUCUCCGUAUACACUCCAGCAGGGGAAGAUAGCAGCAGGUAGUGAUUGCUAAAGCUUGUCUCCUUCUGAACUAGGAGAACAAUACCCAGAGGUGGCCCUUCCUGCAGGCAUGGCGAGGCAGCUGCAUCAGGUAGAAGAUUUGAAGUCUUAUGAGAGGACAGCAAACCAUUAGUUUAUUUAUUUUUAUUGUAUUUUUAUUGGCAGGCAGGGAAGAAGAAACACACAUGUGGGAUCUUUCUGUCUUAUAUGUCAAAAUAACAUGACUGUCUUUAGAUACUAAUACAGUACUCUGACUGAUGUGGGCUGGGGAGAGGCAUUUGGUACUCUCCUUCAGGCAGUGGAAUGUUUUGGACCAGUGCUUCUGAAGCCCUAGCAGAGUGUUUAUUCUUGGGAUUAUCAGCCAGAGUAACAUGAAGGUCUAAUUGGAUGCAUAUUGUCCAGAAAAGGAUCCAGAUGCGAUAAUACCACACACACUGGCAUAAAAAAUACAGGGCUAGUCCAAACCAUUUUGACUCCUGAGGCAAAGGACAAAAUGAGUCGUCUUCUCAUAACACGUACAGACAAUGAACAGACUGGCAAAUUUACUUUGGCGCCACACUGAUGUCUGGCAACUGGAGCUGAGAACAGCAGACUAGCUUAGUAGUCAGAGGGAGGGUCAUGUACUGUGCAUAGCUCUUUAAUCCAAACUCACGUAUAGUUCUAGUUCUUGAGAAUUUGCUGCCUGAGGUAGCAGCUUCAUUUUGCCUCAUGUUAGGACUGACCCUACAUCUGUACAGCUAUGGAUCUCCAGAUUCUUGUCACGCUGUCUUACACUUGGUGUCAGCAUGACUUGGGCUCGGUUUUAGAAUUGUGUAAAGUGACAGGCAUGUAAAAUUAUGAUGCCAUUUUUGAGCAGUUAGUAAAAACAAAACAGUUUUGGGGAUGGUUCAUGAAAAGUGUCUGUGAGUGUUCAAUGCCAGGACUGAGACUGGGAGUGUCAGUGUUACAGGAAGACAAACUAGCCCUGACUACUUAAUUUUGUUAGUUAACAGUAAUGGGAAGCCCAUGGUGGGGCAGAGAAGCAGCUCACUCAUAGCAUUUCAGGAGAAGAUGCCCCUUCUGCUCAUACUAUGGGCUGCCUCUGAAAAGAAGACACCUUCUACUAAUUUGGAAAGUAAUUAAUUUCUAUUCCUUUCCUUCUCUCCAGCAUUUAAAAUUACAUUCAGAUUUUUUUUUUAAAAAAAGGGUCAAUUUUGGCUGUUUUUUGGAAAAUGCAAUCAUUUGAAUACAAAGAAAUCUCAGCCAGUCAAACUGAUGAAAACGGGCCCCAAUUCACUAAUUGUGUGGAAGAGUACAAAGAUAUAUGCUAAGUCUGUGCCUUAGUUUUGGUUUUCAUUAUUGCAGGUUCAGCACAGAUCUGACUUCUGUUUCUCUCUGGAAAGCACAAGGCAAAGCCUGCCAGAGAAUAGUUAGUCAUUGCCCACCUUCUGGAGGAAGAUAUAUUUCCUUGCCCUCUAUGAUAAUAUAGGUCACCCUUUACCGGGAAAUAUGCAGUGGAACCACAGUCACUAAAGGAACUGUUACUCUGGCAAGAAGCUGGGAGGAUGACUUCAGAGUAUUGAUCAAAAGACUUUUACAGUAUAAAUACAGUGAUGUUAUAAUGAUUAUCUACCCAUUAUCCUUAUCCUUGUGGUUAAGCAGCAGUGCCACAGCCAGUGCUCGGGACUUGCAUUCAAUCCUGACGGGCAGAGGUUGCUGGGUCAAGCUUGACUGAGCCUUCCAUUCUUCUGAAGCUGGUAAUUGAGUACAGUAUCUCGCUUGCUAUGCUAGGGGUGGGGGCAAAGUGCGGCCUGCAUAAUUAAACUGUGAACUGCCCUGAGAGUGUUUUAAGCACUAUGGGGCACUGUAUAAGCAGCACACUUUGCUUUUGCUUUAUCCUAGUAAUGAUUAUCCUGAGUACCUCACCAACCCUCUGACUAUGACUCUAAAACAAUUAUUUUUCAAACCCAAGAAACCCUUGCUACAUUAUGUCAAAGUAGUUUUGAUUUUCUGGAGGCAGAGGGGGAGGUACAUACAAAAACAUGAAUGCAAAAUUUCUGCUCCAGGUUAUAUUAGAUGGCCUGAUUUGGGGUCUUUCUUUCUACCUACCGAUGCACAGUCUGUUUCUCUGAGUCCAUGCAAUUUGUGUAUGGUUUGGCAACUGGAGAGAAGAAGCACUAAAAUCCAUUUGAAAUUUUGGUCCAACAACAAGUUCAUUCUCCAGAGACAAUAUGAAUCAAACUGAGCAACACAAAUAGCAUAUCAUUAGAUGAGGGAAUUCCUUAAGUGUUGAAAGAUGAUGCCUGUUCAUCACAACACAAGUUUUUCUCACUUCGCUCAUUUUGCCAGUUUGUUUGCUUUGGCUUGUGAUUGGCCUCUAGGAGGUAAACACAGAAUUCAUUUGCCUGCUUAAUGAAUUUAGAAUGCCAUUACUUAAGAAAUCAAUUUUGAAGAAGUAGCUGUCUUAGACUAUGCAAGCACAUCAGACCAAAAAAAAAAACCAAUCAACAACAUAAGACAAAAAUGUAGUGACACUUUAAGACUAACUGCUAUAUUCUCAUAUGAACUUUUGUGGAUCAAGUCCACUUCCUCAGAUAUAAGAGUGAAACUGUACAAUGGUUAUAUUUAUCCAUGGCCCCAUGAACAGGUGGGGAAACAAAUAAGACAAAGUGACAAUAAUUUGUUAGUACAGUAAUGGAAUAAGCAGAUUGUGAAUAAUUCCAGUUAUCAGUCUAGGUAAAAAUAGCAUAGCUGACAAAAUGGUGACUUGCAGGUGGUUCAAAGAGUAUCUAGGUAGAUGUAAGUGUUGAGAUUUAUGCCCAUUAAUUAUUUUGCACAGAGAUUGCCCUGUUUGUCUUAUGUAGAGUGCAAAAGAACAUUAUCGGCAACAAAUGGUGUUGAUUGCAUUGACAGAAGAACAAGUAAGCACAACACUGAUGUUCAUGGUGUUGUUAAUGGGUUUGUAAUGGUAUUGCCAGAACAGAUGUGGGGCCAGAGCUGGCAUCUGGGAUUGCAGGAGGGUUCCGUUUUAAUUUCUGCAUCUAUACAUACAACCAUUGUCAAAUACACAAUACAGCAAUACUGGCAACUCCUUUCCAACUUCCUAUUUCAAGAGACAAGCUUUUCUUGCAAUGCAGCUGUGGAACAUGGAAUCUAAUGGGAAGCUGGGAGGUGUUUUUAGACAUGUGGUUUGUAUUUGCUUCCUUUCACAAGAUGAUUUCAGAAGUAUCCUAUUGAUGAAACUCUGCCAAAUAAAGCCAGAUUAGCUCCAUCUGUAGUGUGCUUUGCCACACAGAAGAUACUUCAUCUAAGUUGAUUUGCUGCUGAAAAUGGGUUUUAAUCUGUUAACUACUGUUAUUUAUUUUCUUCACUGACAUAGAGGCUGACUACAUGGGUCAUUUGGCCUGAUGUUUGGAGCACUGCAAGGAUGGGCUGAUACACUCCUAAAGCUGGGGAUUAGAGGAUGUCUUUGCUAGAGUGCACCAGCCCUCCCCUGAGCGUUCUUAACUGCACCUUUCUGGACCCUAUCAAGGGGCUUCUAUUUCUCUGAUGCAGGUAGGAUCAUGCUGAUUUGGAUCAGUUCCAGCUCACAUGAUUGCUGGAACUAAUCUAAAGCAAGUCCUUCUCUUUCAAUUUGCCAACAUCAUGAAGUGAGUUAAUAAGCAAUAUUGGCAAAUUAAUUGCUUCCCCUGCUUGGCAGAGGGCAAGGGAAGUGAGGGAUUUUUUUAAACUCUAUAUAGACUAUCACUGAUAUGCUACAUCAGUUAUACAUAUAUUUUUAUUAAAAUUCUCUGCUUCAUCUUAAAGGACCAGUCAAGAAACCACCCACAGUACCUUUGACUGCAUGCAGUUUCUUGAUCGGCCCUUUAAGAGAGAGCAAAGAAAGGAUUUUUUUAAAAUAAUAAUAACGGAGGCAGCAUUUGAUACACAGUCUAUAUACAGUCAAAAAUAUUCUUUCAUUUCCCUUGCCCUUUGCCAAGAGGGGGAAUGAUCAAUUUGCCAGGAUCAUAAAUUGGCUCUCUUAUUAAGCCACUUCGUAAUAUUGGCAGAAACC